UCAGAUCAAUGCCCUGGCCACUCACUUUCUGAUGUUGCACGACGGGAAAUGCUUUGAAUACUUGCGACAUGGCCGCUUGCAUUGAUUGCCAAGAUUGACAGCAGUAACCAUCGUCUUCUCUCGCAUGUGUUUGAGAGUAGAGAGGGAAAAACGCGAUAAUAUACUUACAACUGCCCUCAGCAGUUUUGACAGUUCAACUUCAUACAGGCAAAGCGGGAUUCCCUCUACGGUCAGUGGACGCGAUACACUUCAGUUUUUUUCUUGCUUUUACUCUACUACAGAGCAGUGUUCACUAUUUCUAACCUGUUUCAAAACCAAAAACGGGAUACGCCGAAGACGAUCGUCUGUUUUUAGUACCCUGCUCAUAUCAAGGACUUUCUGUCCGUGGAUUUGGGGAGGAACUUGUGGUUUUGUGCGAGUAAAGACACUCUCCUCACUGGAUCCUGCGAGCAGAUACACACAAUACCGGCAGAUCGCAGACAAACGCUUAUGGUGCCAGUAAUUUUCAUGAAUUCAAAAUCAACUCACCAGUGAUCUUUGGGAGCUGGGGAUAAAGUCUUUCUGUUUACAACCCAAAUGCUGAACAUGGAGGGCUUUCUGCGUAGCAGCUUUUUACUGAGCAGAAUCAUGUCUUCCAAGCAAGCCACCUCUCCGUUCACCACGACCCCUGACGGAGGUGAGGAUGGAGUGAAUCAGGAGCGCAUGUCCUGGGAAAAAGAGGAGAACUUAGAGUCGCUGGCUGCUCCUCAGUUGCAUUUGAUCCACAACAAACCUCCUCCGGAGGAGCUACCGCCAAUCAGCAGCAGCGUGCCGCCCGAAUCCGACUGGGACAGUCUGCUGUCGGCCCAGCAGCGCAUGGAAUCGGACAGCAAUAAAGUAUGUUCCUUGUACUCCUUCCGGAAUAACUCUACCUCUCCACUCAAGCCAGAUGAGGGGGGCAGGGAGCGCGGCGACCUGCUGAGCAGCUCAGCUUUUGGAACGCCAGAGCGUCGCAAGGGAAGCCUGGCCGAUGUGGUGGACACACUGAAGCAGAAGAAACUAGAGGAGAUGACAAAGACAGAGCAAGACGAAUCCUCCUGCAUGGAGAAACUCCUUUCUAAAGACUGGAAAGAGAAGAUGGAUCGACUUAACACGGGCGAACUGUUUGGAGAAAUUAAAGGUACACCCGAAAGUCUCGCAGAGAAGGAACGACAACUCUCCACCAUGAUCACGCAGCUCAUCAGCCUCAGAGAGCAGCUCCUGGCUGCCCACGAUGAGCAGAAGAAACUGGCCGCCUCACAGAUGGAGAAACAGCGUCAGCAAAUGGAGCUGGCGCGCCAACAGCAAGAGCAGAUCGCAAGACAACAGCAGCAACUUCUGCAGCAACAGCACAAAAUCAAUCUUCUCCAGCAGCAGAUCCAGCAGGUCCAGGGUCACAUGCCUCCGCUCAUGAUCCCCAUUUUUCCACACGACCAGCGCACUCUGGCAGCAGCCGCCGCGGCCCAGCAGGGCUUCCUCUUCCCCCCAAGCAUGUCCUACAAACCCGGUGAUAACUACCCAGUGCAGUUCAUUCCAUCCACAAUGGCAGCUGCUGCCGCGUCAGGACUCAACCCUCUCCAGCUCCAGCAACUCUACGCCGCCCAGCUGGCCAGCAUGCAGGUCUCUCCAGGAGCCAAGAUGCCACCGCUGCCCCAGCCCCCUAAUUCUGGUGGGCCCAUCUCCCCUUCUGGCUUGAAGAAUGAGAAGAGAGCGUCUACCCCCCUCACUCAAAUAAAGGAGGAGGGAACGCAGCCUCUCAACCUCUCCGCCCGACCCAAAACAGCUGAGCCGGUCAAAUCUCCAACGUCCCCUACACAGAGCCUCUUCCCAGGCAGCAAGAGCAGCCCGAACAGUCUAUCUAAGAGCGGAGGAAUCCCCAGCCCCCUUGGAGGAUUGGGCCGCGGUUCAUCACUGGAUAUCCUGUCCAGCCUGAACUCAACAGCGCUGUUUGGAGAUCAGGACGCGGUGAUGAAGGCCAUCCAGGAAGCGAGGAAGAUGAGAGAGCAGAUACAGAGAGAGCAGCUACAGCAUCAUCAGCAGGGAAUGGAGGCCAAGCUCUCUGCCCUCACCGGCAUGAGCCUGAACAACUGCAGGGCUGACAAGGAGAGGUCUCAUUAUGAAAGCCUGGGACAUCACUUGGGUAAACUUGGCGAGGAUGGAAAGAUCGGUCACAGGGUCAUCGACCUUACCCGACCAGAGGAUUUCGAAGGAGGCGCCAGCUCUGCGGAGGCACGGGUCUACAGGGAACCCCGGGGACGGAACAACAACGAACCUCACAUCAAACGGCCCAUGAACGCCUUCAUGGUCUGGGCCAAAGACGAGCGUCGCAAAAUCCUCCAGGCCUUCCCAGACAUGCACAACUCCAACAUCAGCAAAAUCUUGGGGUCUCGCUGGAAGUCCAUGACGAACCAAGAGAAACAGCCCUACUAUGAGGAGCAGGCACGCCUCAGCAAGAUCCACCUGGAGAAAUACCCCAACUACAAGUACAAGCCGCGGCCCAAGCGCACCUGCAUCAUCGACGGCAAGAAGCUGCGCAUCGGCGAGUACAAGCAGAUGAUGAGGUCGAGGAGGCAGGAGAUGAGGCAGUUCUUCACUGUGGGGCAGCAGCCACAGACGCAGAUCCCCAUCACCACCAGCGCAGGUGUCGUCUACCCUGGUGCCAUAACCAUGGCGACCACCACGCCCUCCCCUCACAUGACGUCGGACUGCUCCAGCGCCUCGGCCAGCCCCGAACCCACCAUCCCCGUCAUCCAGAGCACCUUCAACAUGAAGAUGGAACCCGGCACCAUGAUGCCCAACGACCCGGUGAACGGCGAGGAUGAGAUGGACAUGUACGACGACUUUGAGGACGAGCCCAAAUCGGACUACAGUAGCGAGAACGACACACAGGAGCCCGUCAGUGCCAACUGAAUCUAAGAUUUUCCAGCGAAGAAAUUCCCCUAAUAAUAGAGGGAAUACUGAAGUAGUAGAAGAAAAAUAACGAACAAAUAGAAAAAAAAACUUGUUUCUGAUGAUAUACUUUGGAGGGCCAGCAUGCAGAUGUGGCUCCCGCAGAUUUAACAGCUAUUGGUCUUAAGCGUUUCUCCGAGCGUGAAACAAUUUGAUUGUGUUUAUUUUGGCUUUUUUAUUGUUAUUUUAUUGAUUUGUUUUAAUCAUUGAACAAUUUAGGGUAUUUACUACAACAUUUUGAAUAAUAGGACUUGACGAUUGAAACAUUUCAUAUGAAUGCAUAGCUCACAGUCUUACCUUAAUUCAUAUGGAUUUACACAUGUUUUUGUUUUCGUUUUAAAGCGUACAUUACUGUUUUUGAUGGGGUUCUAUAUCUCACUCAGGUAUGCUGUACCAGCCAACAGCUUGUGAAUGUUUUUAAUCAGAACUAUAUUUAAAAUGAUCAAGACAACAAAACUUCAUUUGACAUUUCAUAAUGCGACAAAACUGAAGAAGUCCUUACAUACAGGGAAAGCUUAAACCCCCUAUUAUUAUUAUAAUUGUCGUUAUAUUAUUAUUAUUAAUAUGUUUUAAAAAUCCAGAUGUGCCAAACAUAUCAUAAGCUUCCUGCUCUUAAAUCUUAAAAAUGUAAAGUCUUAAGAGGGAGACCGAACGAGUCUUAGACAAUCCUUGCAAUGUACUAAAAAGCCCACAAUUCUUGUCCUCUCCAUUGACUACCAUGUUAAAAUGCUCAGGAACUAGGAGUGUCGUAGUUCUCCAGGAGGUUUAAUGCAGUGAUCGUCUGACCGCCGGCCUCUCUCAGCGCUCUGGUACAGUCUUACCCGCGCCGUUCUUAAUCACAGUGAUUGUAAUCAGGCCAGAAUGCCAAGGGGCCAAAUGGCAUCCAAUCUGCUGAUUUGGACAGGCAGCAAAAGGCAGCUUUGGUGCAUUACAAUCACAAAUUGCUGUUGUACAAUAUGCACACGCACAUUUUGCUAAACUCUUUAGCCCUGUUUUCCGGGGCAGAACGUCUUUUAUUUACGCUUAACUCUUUACUGACAGAAGAUAGUCUUAAAGCAGAGCAUGACCUUUUGGGCUCCUGCAAUGUGUUUAUUAUUAUUAAGUCUUAAGAAAACACCCAGUUUAUCUGGAUUGUUUUUGGCCAGUUUUUCAAAGGCUUGGUUAAGAAGAACAAAAUUACUAAAACGCUACUAAUAGCACUUAUUUUGCAAUUUUGUCUUCCAAAAGAUGAGUAGAUAAAUACUACUUGUGUAUAUAAAGGAAGCUUUGAUUUCAGAGAAGUACUGUAAACUGAAUAUUUCUUGUUGAGCACUUGGAACAAAUAGGCAGUCAUAAAAAAGCUAAAUUUGAACAUAUUUGUAUUAAAAUAGGUGCCCCCCCCAAAAAAAUUAUUUGGUAGCACCAGCAGUAGAACAGAUCUCAGGUUGUUACUGUUUGGAAGGACAGCCAAGACUCGGCUAGCGGUCAGGGCCUCUCGUUUUACGCUCUGGCCCUUCUACGUGUGCCGUUCACCUCCAUUCACCUGACCUCUGCCCAACGCACACCCUGCCUCAAGGGGCUGCCAUCUGGCUCCCAGCAUUGGCCCAUACCCCGGAGAAGGUACCAAACAAUGGAAACGGGGCCCAUGUGGUUUAUUGUGCGCGCUCUCUCUCCAUCAAAGGCCGCGGCCAGAAGCAGGCACGAGGUGCUCGCGAGCAGAUGGAACAAGUAGAUCAAGCUGUGGGGGAUUAUUAAAAUGACUGACGAGUCGGUAUCAUCUGAAAUACGGCAUUAUUUAUGCAUGAGUCCCGCUAUUUCGCCUUCGCCCUUGAACUUGUCUGUUUCAUCCGUAACCCGGAGAUUAGAAUGGACAAGAAAUGUCACAGUGAGGCUGCUGGUCACUGCAUUACCUCCAAAGGUACCGAUGGCUAUUCAGCGCUUAUAUCUCCCAGCAUUACUUCUUAUAUUUAACGCCCCUCUUUAAAAAGCAUUUACUUAAUUCUUAGAAGUUUCGAGCACUUCUGCAGAAGCUUGUGUUUGUACCUUUAUUACAUUUUUUUUUGUUUCGUUUUAGUUUGUUGUGAUUUUUACACAAGGUACACGACUGACAUCCGCGUUCAGUUUCUUCUUCCCUGCUUAUAAGCCAACGUUUAUUGUUUAAAGCUGUUAUAUCUGUUUGCUGGUGGAUUUGUACGUGAUUUGUACAUAUUUCCUUGACCAUGUCAAGCCAGUUCUGUCGGCUGGUAGUAGACAUAAGAACUGUUGUUGAGACUGAAACUUGAUUGCGCUUGUAUAGAUAAAAAAAGAAAGAAACGAAACGAAAAAGAGACAAUUUCAAUCUCACACGGGGAGACGAUGAUUCAAAAGUGUUACAAGCACUGGAUAUAAAUGGUAUUUUUAUCAAUUCUGACUAAUGUGAAGCUGUUGUGCGAGAAAAACGGAAAAAAAACCUUCGCGAACAAGUCACCUGUUUGGACUCAUGUGAGCACGCCUCACAGUUGCCAGAUUUGAGUCAUUUUUCUCUUGACAUGUUUUUGUUUAUUUAUGCAAUGACACGUGAUGAAUGAACACUUUGUUUAAGCUCCAGUGCUGCCUAGGGGAGACAGAGCAGCGUACUCGACGGAGAGGCUCGCAUACUGAGACACACCGGACUUCAGUAGCACAUUUUAAUGGUCAUGUAUGUUUGUGUUGUAUAUUGUAUUUGAAGCUCUCUAGUGCGUAUAGACAUUUUAUUGUAUUUAUUAGCCAUUAUUGGCUCUAAAAGUGUCAGUAGAACAUAAUUAAAGGACAAUCAGAGAACAAGAAUAAAAACGACGACAUUUGGAUUGGAGCUCAAAACAAAGUUUCUUUUAUUAUUAUUAUUUUUUUUUUUUUUUGGAACAAAUCCUCCAUCUCAUUACAGAUUUUUUUUCGUUGCAUUGUAAAUAUAACAUAGGAAAAUAGAAUUCUAUUUUUGUUCAUGGAUACUUACUGAAGUAUAAAUUAUGUAUUUACUUUUUCUUUUUGUGUGUGUCUGUGUAUGUUGUUGGUCAUUGUACUUAGAAAAUAAUACGAAAUCACAAACUGACAAUUCACUGUACCUCACGUUGUUGCUGAACUCACAUCCCUAUUGAUUGAGUAUAGUAGUGGAGACGCACGCAGCUGAGACACUUGGGCAUCAUCCGACUCUGUUGUGUUUCAAUGACGAACCUCGCACUCCAGCCGUUGCAUUUUGUCUUUAUUCUCAAUGCGUUCUGUAGCAAAGGACAAAUCUUGAUAUUCUUGUACGUUUUAAUUGCUGAAGUUUUAAUAAUUGGUUACGUGCCAAAUUUGGAUAAGAAAAUAUGUAAUUAUAGGGCAUCCGUUGUAUCGUACAGCAUCAUUUAAACAGAUGUAAACACGGUGCUGAAUGGGGAAUGGGGAUCUGCUUAUAUUUAUUUGAUUUUAUUCUGCACAAUGCAGACCCACUCUGUGCAUUGAGGUUUCCAUACAGUAUUUUGCUCUGUGUUGCUUCAUAGUGUUUUAAUAGAAGAUCCAUCAGCUACUUAUAUUCAUUUUCUUUUAUAAUGCAUAACUGUCACUGCCAUAUUAAUUCAAAGUAGGUACAAAAACUGAGGCUUGGGUGUUUCUACUUAUCUUACUGUAAUGCUUUUUUGCUAUGGACUUUUGUGAUGUAUAUUGUGGGAUAGUUUUGUUAAUUUAAUCAGCACAAUUCACUGACAUGCUGGACUGACUUGCUAGCUGCUGUUCAGAUGAGUAAAAUGUUUGCCGACAGGGACAACAUGCUGUUGUCAAUGGUAUUUUGCUUUUAGAUUUGUGUAGUCUCUCAAGCAACACUGUGUGUGGCUUCUCUGUCGCUAGGUGCGCUCUUAUUUUGAAUCCCGCUAGCAGCCUGAUAACACUUUUUCAUUAAUUUUGUCUUUGUGUGUGUGUGUGUGUGUGUGUGUGUGUGUGUGUGUAGAGAGAGAGAGAGAGACCGGUUUCUCAGCAGGUACAUAGACCCAUGGCAGGUAUUAUUGUUUGGGCGUUAGAGAUAUAGAAUAGUAUCUGUUGCUGCUUUUGAAAAAAGUUUUAAAUCUAAAAUGUAAAUAGUUUAUCAUAAUAUCUUGUACAGUCCAGUGUAAAGUUUUUAAUUGAACUUAAAAAGGUCGCCAUCACAUUUGUGUCCACAUUCUUCUUUAUACAGUACAAAAGACAGGUAUUUGCUAAGGAUAUUGUUGUUUUAAAAAAGGUACUAAACAUAUUUUUGCUCGGCUUUAGUAUGUAAACCAGCAAGUCAUUGGUUUCCAUGUGCAGUAUUGACGUGAGGUAAAUUUAAUGAAUGCUACGUUGUAUGUUCAGAGAUCAGUCUUCUCUGUUAUGGUAGUAUUAUUAUGAUCAAAUAAAAGAAAUCGCCACAUUUCGGUGUGUUUAGACACCUUAGUGGAUUGUACAAAUAUUUAGGUUGUUCUCCCCACAAGCAGCGUUUGGCAUAUUGUAAUGUAACACCAUUUCUACAGUAUAUUCUCAAUUCACUGAUGUACGAUGGCAGGUGAGGGUGUUCCUGCCUGUUUGCUUAUUUACCUCAAGAGUUCCUCUUUUUCCUCAAAAGAUAGAGUACACGUGCAUAUGACAAACUCGUCUCACCAUCACUCCAUCUUUUGUACUGCUGUUGACACUUACAAAUUAAAGAGAUUUUGUUUUA